UUCAUGUCCUUUCUGUAAGCGUUUUCGUAUCUGGUUUAAAAAGGUUGUCACACUUCACAAUAUAUUUUAUUUCUGGAUAGUGAUUGAAGCGCAGUAUCGGUACAUCUAGAGCUGAGUGAUUCGUUUGAUUGUUUACAGGAAUGAAGAUUAAAAAUAAUAUAUUGUAGCAAUACGUGUUACUGGCUAUAAAGUGUUAGUAAUUCGUUAUAAGCAUGGGAUGUUGUUACAGUUUUUGUAAAGAAGACAGCGGUCCACAGAGUGGAGAAGUAAAUGAAAGAACACAUUUGUUAGUAGAUCCUGUCAGUAAUAAUACAAAUAUACCUAGAGUACACAGUGAUGAUUAUGUUAAUCAGUAUGCAAGUUCAGCACCCAAGAAAACUGACGAACAAAGUGCAUUAAAUAGAAUUUUACAUGAAACAGCUGCUAAUGUGAUAGAUGUUGGGGCAUUAGAUUCACAUAACCUGGAACAGCAUGAAUAUAUGGAUAGGUCACGUGCAUACUCCAAACGCAUAGAAGCAGGAGGUAUUAAAGUCCCUGAUAGCACAUCUUGCCUAUUAAAAGAUGUUCCUGCUCCAGAAAAAAUAUUGGCAACAGAACCACUUUCUGCUGGAGAUCAUGAGCUGAUUACAAAAAUGCUCAAUAAGGCUGUGACGGCACUAGAAGAUGUUAAUGUUGAACACAAAGAAGAUUUAGUAGUUCCUUUCUUAUCGUGAUCUUUUGGCAUUUCCUCAGCAGGAUUACAUCUUGCUUGAGUAAAAUCAUUGUACUACAUGACACUAAAAAAUUUCCCAAAAUCAAUUUUCAAUAAGUUGAUCUGAAUUUAUUUCAGAUUCUACUUAAAUAUGAAUAUUGAUUUAACAUGAUGUGGUGUAUUAUAGAUGGAAAAUCAGGUACUACUUCUUGAUAACAUGUUAAAAUGGCUUGACAGUUUCUGAAUAUACAAAAUUGUUUUAAAAUGUUACAAGUUAAGGUAUUUUCAAACGACCAGUUUUUAACGAAAGAGCUGAAUUUGGUAGUGCUUUUCCAUAAUUUAUACAUAAUACUGUAAAAAGAUAAAUCACUGUUAUUAAUAUUCAUUAUGAUGUAUAUCAAGAAACAAUAUAAAAGGGCUAUUUUGUCAUAAUUUAAUAUACGCAAUUAUUAUAACUUUAUUAUUUCUUACACGAAAAAUUUGCAUGUUAAGUUUUUAUUAAAUCAAUUUCUUUUUUCAUUAAACUAAUUUUUUUUUUAAUAUUGCAUCAGCACUGAACAUAUUUCCAUAUAACCAUAAAAGCAUUAUAAAAUAUGAUAGAUGAGAUGUAGACUCAGAAACAAUCAAUAUUUAUAAACGCGACUGGAAUAUGUUUCAUUAUUUACAUUAAAAUGUAUAUUUUGGUUAACAACCACAUCUUUAUCUUUUUUAUAUUGUACAUGUUUUGUCCUUUUUAUUUUGUUUUUGCUACAUGAGAGAAAUUCCCAAUUUCAAUAUACACAUGUGAUAUUUACAUAAAUUAUUAAUAUAUUCUUAUAUAUCAUCUCUUGUAUGUAUUUCGUUUAUCAAAAUUUAUUAAUCUUAUAAUUGUCUUAUGAUCUUUUAAAAUUAUAAGUCAUUAUCAUACUCCAGUAUCACUCUAUUGAUUUAUAUGCAUCAAAUAAAUAGUAUCACUUGUAAAAUUGUAUAUUAUUUUGUGAAUAAUAAAUAAAAAUUGUAAUCAAUAAUAAACAA